GCCGAGGCGUCCCGGCGGCGUCCGCCCGGCGCUCGCGCAUUCUUGCGCCGUUCAGUCGCCCGGCGAGUCAGGUUUCUUCGCUGCUCCUCUGGCGGCCCGGCUGGAGUGUGAGGCACGAUGGGCGCGCGGGGCGGGGCGCGAGCGCUGGAGUACCUGCUGGGCCUCUACUUCGUGAUGCACAUCCCCAUUACGGUGCUCUUCGACAUGCAGGUGCUGUUCACGGCUAACUUGUACCCGACCGAGGUGACAGACAUGCUGAGGUGGUAUGUCCAGGCAUUUAAAGACCCCCUGAUGCUGAACCCUCCAAGUUGGUUCAAGUCAUUUCUGUUUUGUGAGCUUCUGUUCCAGCUACCUUUCUUUCCGUUUGCAGCAUAUGCCUUCUUCAAAGGAAGCUGCAAGUGGAUCCGCAUCCCUGCAAUUAUCUACUCCGUUCAUACAAUGACAACGUUAAUUCCAAUUAGUGCCCACAUCCUGUUUGAGCAUUUUGCCCAGGGACCUCGGACAUUCCAAGAACGCCUCAGCCUCUUAUCCAUCUAUGCCCCAUACUUCUUCAUUCCACUCAUACUCCUGUUUUUUAUGCUUUGGAGUCCUCACUACAGCACUGAUGAGAAAAGGAAAAAGAAAACAAGGUAAAGAACUGCUGGCAAGGGAGGGAGAGCCCCUGGUCCUUGUUUGGACUUGGUCUCUCCAGGCCCCCCUUGACACAAUCCACAGCAGCAGCCCCCAAGAACAAGACAGCAGGUUUUAUCUGCCAAGGGAAGUAAGGAUAACUGGUUCCCUGAAGAUGGCCAGAGGAAGCUAUAGGGAAAUGGCACUGAAUACCUAACUCGUGCCUUAAGUGCUAUCUCAGGAUUCCUAAGAGAGUCCCUGGAACAAGAGAUUCAUCCGUCAGAUCCUAGAGGUUGGUGCCACCUAGAAUCUGAAUGACCAACUGUUUGGUGCUCUGCUUUCCAAACCGUAUAAUGGGACUGGUCAAAGAAACACAUUUCACAGGCCACUUUCCAGUUCUUCAUGAAGUUGUUUUUCCCCAACCCAGAUCAGACCAAACUAGUGUAAAAAUAGCUGACCUUUCUCAAUGGCCUCGUAGACCCACGGGCUUAAUAAACCUGAGUUCUCCAACA